AUGAACAAGGUUUUUGCUGGAGUUGCAGGCGCCGGGGCCCUGGCCGGAGCUGCUUACUACUACUCGAAGUCGACGAGCGUUCCGCAAAACUCUGCUUUUGUGUUUGUCAAGCCCCAUGCCGUGACGCCAUCCACCAACAGCCUGGUCCGCAAUGAGCUGGCGAAGAAGGGCUUAAAAAUCACGUCAGAGGGCGACCUGACUUCUGAAGUCAUCGACCAGAAGAAGCUGAUUGAUCAGCACUACUAUGCUAUCGCUUCAAAG